CUCCUUUUCUCCACAAUAUGAUUAUAACCCACGCUCACUGCUCCUCCUGCUUCAUUUCUUGCUACGUUCUUUAAUAUGAUAUUCCUUUCAUUUAUUGGAUCUUGGUUAAUUCAUUUCAUCUAUUCUGGAAAACAUUACAGGUUAGAAAGUGGGGCAUGCAUGCAUUGGGGUGCUGGGUAGGGUACGACCACUGCAAUGAAUGGGCCAUUGGCCUAACAUUUCCCCAAUUUUGACCGUUACAAUGAAACGUUGCUCCCCCUUCAAAGGACCCUUUCCUUCAUAUCAUAAACCCAUCUCUCUUCUCGAUUCAUGCAAAUCAAUGGAACAGAUCAAGCAAGCACAUGCCCAUCUGAUCACCACCGGCCUUCUCCUGAGCCCUAUCCGAGCCAAUAAAUUCCUUGAAAAGCUUGCCUUCUCCAGCUUUGGCUCCAUACUGUAUGCACGCCAAGUGUUUGAUCAAAUCCCUUUUCCAGACCUCUUCCUCCACAACACAAUGAUCAAAGCUCAUUCACUGUCUUCCACUUCUUCCUACAACUCUAUGAUUAUAUUUCGGUCAGUGGUCCGGGGUCUGAGCCUUACACCUAAUCGUUACACUUUUGUGUUUUUGUUUAAAGCAUGUGGGAACAGUUUGGGGUUAUUGGAGGGUGAGCAAGUUCGAGUUCAUGCCAUAAAAGUUGGGAUGGAGAACAAUGUGUUUGUUACCAAUGCAUUGAUUGGGAUGUAUGCGAAUUGGGGCUUGGUUGAGGAGGCCAGAAGGAUGUUUGAUUGCAGCGUGGAGCGGGAUUUGUAUUCAUGGAAUAUUAUGGUUGGUGGGUACGUAGGGACAGGUGAUAUGGAUCGAGCUCUAGAGUGGUUUGAUCGAAUGCCUGAACGAGAUGUUGUAUCAUGGAGUACUAUCAUAGCUGGUUACGUCCAGGUGGGUUGUUUCCUGGAGGCAUUGGAUCUCUUCCACAAGAUGCUGCAAAUAGGUCCUAAACCCAAUGAGUUUACCCUGGUAAGUGUCCUGGCAGCCUGUGCAAAUCUAGUGGCAUUGGAUCAAGGAAGGUGGAUCCAUGUCUAUAUUGAAAGGGGUGAGAUCAAGAUGAAUGAGCAAUUGCUAGCUAGCCUAAUAGACAUGUAUGCAAAGUGUGGACAGAUAGAAUUUGCAUCAAAGGUUUUCUGCAAUGGACGUGGUCUGAGGAGGAAGGUUUGGCCUUGGAAUGCUGUAAUUGGUGGUUUUUCAAUGCAUGGAAAAUCCAAGGAAGCAAUUGAAAUAUUUGAACAAAUGAAGCUUGAAAAAGUUUCUCCGAAUAAGGUGACUUUUAUUGCCAUGUUAAAUGCUUGCAGCCACGGAAAUAUGGUCGAUGAAGGAAGAGGUUAUUUUGAGUCCAUGGCAAGUUGUUAUGGAAUUGAGCCUGAGAUAGAGCAUUAUGGGUGUAUGGUAGAUCUACUGGGCCGUGCUGGAUUCUUGGAUGAAGCUGAAGAGAUCAUAUCUAGCAUGCCAAUGGCUCCAGAUGCUGCCAUAUGGGGAGCAUUACUCGGUGCUUGUAGAAUCCAUAAAGACAUGGAAAGGGGAGAGAGAAUAGGAAAGAUAUUAAAAGAAAUGGAUCCUAACCAUAUCGGCUGUUGUGUUCUUUUGGCUAAUAUUUAUUCUGCUUCCAGGAGAUGGAAUGAAGCAAAGGUUGUGAGAGAGGAGAUUGAAUUAAAUGGAAGAAAGAAAAUCCCAGGUUGCAGCUCCAUUGAAUUAAAUGGUGUGUUCCAUCAAUUCCUUGUGGGAGAUAGAUCCCAUCCCCAGACUAAACAGCUCUACUUGUUCUUAGAUGAGAUGACAACUAAGUUGAAGAUUGCUGGUUAUGUUCCACAAUUUGGAGACGUUUUGCUUGAUAUUGAUGAUGAGGAAGAUAAAGAGACAGCCCUAUCUAAACAUAGUGAGAAGUUAGCUAUUGCUUUUGGCUUGAUGAACACAGCACCCCAAACCCCAAUUCGAAUUGUAAAGAACUUACGAGUUUGUGGGGACUGCCACGAAGCAACAAAGUUCAUCUCCAAAGUUUAUGAUCGAGAGAUUAUUGUCAGGGACAGGAUUAGAUAUCACCAUUUUAAAAAGGGAAUCUGUUCUUGUAAAGACUGUUGGUAGACAUAAAGAUCGGGUUUGCAAUGGAUCCAAGCCAAUCUCAGAUUACAAUAUACAAGAAUUUGGCUCCUGUGCAUCACAUUCUUUCAGCCAUUUUUCUGCUUAAAACGUUCCACAUCGAAUUGGUAAUUCUAAGGGUGCUUCGUUUUUUAAGAUGGCGCUGCCCUUUUACUUAGAGAGUGAGUGACAAAGGGCUGUGUUUUGUGACGUGAUGAGAUACAUGGGCUUUUACAUGAGAGGAGACCAAGCCUAGAUUCGUUAGAUUCUGCAUGGUUAUCAAAUGAGAUGGGAUUUUCUUUCUAAAAUCUGUAUUUAAAGUUUUGCUCAAGGGACGUGAAAGGGAAAGCCAAUGAGAGCAUUGGCAUUGGACUCAUCAAAUAAGUUCAAUCUUCAAAAUUUGAUGAAUUUGGCUUUAAAAUCACUGCAUUGGAUUCACCAUAUACUAAAAUCUGAAACUGAGCUACAGGACAUGCCAAUCCAUCUUCAAAUUUGAAGACCUACUAUUCAUUGCUAUCCAGAUUAUUUUAUUAGCAAAACCAGAUCUUUCACCCAUGAUGUCGUUGCUUUCUCCCCCUUUCUCUUCCUUUGCCUUUCUUCCUCUCCCAAAAUCCCCUUUUUCUUCCUCUUCAUUUCUUCCUCUCCAUUUCCUCUUGGUUUUUUUCGCCAAGCUAUACAUUCCGUUUGCCGUGAGUCACCAGUUCAUCUUCGUCUGACGAAAUUAAACUUCCACCGAAGUUCAAGUUCCUGCCGGGUGUUUCAGGUGAAAGAGGACCUUCAUCACCUUCAUAGGUGCACCAUUACUGCUCCUUUCUCUUCUUCUAUUCUUCGCUCCAAAAGUUUUCUAUCUAUGAUCAGGAUGCAACAGAGAAGAGCAUUCCACCAAGUCCAUAUCAGAAGCCUCUAAAGUCAGUCAGGCCACCAUUAAUCCCAACAGAAGAUGAACCAGAGAAGCAAGAAGAAGGCUUUUUGGAUCUAUUGGAAAGCUUCUUAUCAACUCAGGGGUGUCAGUAGUGGAGAUUUAGGAGGAAUAUUUCCGGGGUUUAGAAAGAAGCCAAUAACCUAUCAAUAUCAAAGCCAACAGCAGCAA